CGGUUGUGCCGGGGCCGGCGGGGCGCGGCCGCCGCCUGUUUCCCGCUGGGCCGGGCGCUGCUGGGCGUGCGGGGCGCCGAGGCCGCCGUGUUCCUGCAGGGGCUGCUCACCAAUGACGUCACGCAGUUGGUGGGGGCGGGCGACGCCCCCCCCGCGCUCUACGCGCACGCGCUAAACGUUCAGGGCCGCUGCCUCUAUGACGUCAUCCUUUACAGGCUCCACGGGAGCACAGCAGAGGAGCCUCACAUCCUGCUGGAGUGCGAUAGCAGCAUUCUGGAUUCCAUCCAGAAACACCUGAAACUCUACAAGAUCCGUAGGAAAGUCACCAUCUCCCCCUGCCCUGACCUCUCCCUGUGGGCUGUCAUCCCUGAGGACACCAGUUCCCUCCCAAAACGUGCAGACCAGGCUCUGCUCUUAACUCCUGACCCCAGGGCAGAAGUCAUGGGCUGGAGACUGAUUGCAAAGAAAGGAGCAAAUCUGUCAGAGAUUAUCCCUGGGAGCCAAAUUGGAGACGUUCAGGAUUACCACAGGCACAGGUAUAAACAAGGAAUUCCCGAAGGGGUGAAAGAUCUCCCCCCUGGAGUCGCCCUCCCGCUGGAAUCCAACCUGGCCUUCAUGAACGGCAUCAGCUUCACCAAAGGCUGCUACAUCGGGCAGGAGCUGACGGCCAGGACCCACCACAUGGGCGUGAUCCGCAAGCGGCUGCUGCCCGUCACCUUCCCGGCGCCCCUUCCCAGCACCGGCAUUCCCGAGGGCGCCGAGAUCCUCACCGAGUCGGGAAAACGCGCCGGGAAGUUCCGUGCUGGAGGAGGAGAGCUCGGGAUAGCCCUGCUGAGGCUGGCUCAUGUGAACGAGCCGCUCUGCAUCCACCUGGGAGCGGACAGAGUGAAGCUCAGCGCCAGCACACCCGAGUGGUGGCCGAAAGCUGCUGCUAAAUAGAGGAGGGAGCACCGUCUGCCUUAGGGAGAGGCUGGGUUGUGUGGGGAAUUUGGGAAUUCCUGGGAAUUGCUGUUGGAGGUGUUUGAUCCUGCAGGAUUCCUCAAAUUGGAACUAAACAGCUGGAACCCAAAGCUGUGGCAGAUCAGUGGGUUGGGUCUUCCACUGAGUGCUGUGGAGAGACAAAUGCAGGGAAUUGCACCUUUUCCUGAGGGUAAUCCCCACUUUUUUAGGGGUGCUGUGAGCUGUUGAGUUGGUCCCUGUGUAUUUAGGGAGUGCCCUGUGUUGCUGGGUUGAGCCCUGGAUGGAUCUCCUGGCCAACACUCAUUCCCUCAGACUGUGCUCCGUGUGUGUUCCAGCUGAAGCAAUGGGAUCAGGAGUUUCCCUGUUCCAUGCACUGACUUUUUUUUCAGUUCAGAAUAACCAUUCUUUGGUAUUAUAAUUUUAUUCCUUCUUUUUUGAGUGGAGAUCAUGCUGCUCUUAUUAAGAUGUAUUCUCAGGCUGAAGUUUUUUUGCUGCAAAUUGCUCCUUGCAUUGAGCUUCUUAAACUUGCUGAUGGGGCUGGUGUUUCUUCCCACCACUGGAAUUGUGCUCAGGAAGGGGAACAGCUUGAGCUUCAUGUGUCAGACCUUGAUUUUAGCUCAUCCCACCUGGGAAAGAAAGGUCUCAAACCUCCUGGUCCUGUCUCCUGCUUUGGUGCCAGGGGAGGGAGCACAGUUCCUCUGACUCCCUUCACUCAAAGCAUUUUUUGGGAGAGGAAAAGGAUAUUUUCAAUGCCACGUGUGCUGGAUUAGCCUGGCCUUCCUGAGGGAAGAUUUUCACCAUGUUGUGGCUCUGCAUCUCUGCCUCUCUGUACCCCUCACACCCUGUUCCUGCUGCCACCUGAAGCUGAGGUUUUCUCCAUCCACCACCCCGAGGGUUUUCAGAGCAGCCCAAUGCCUUGGCAUUUAUUUGCUUCUUUUUUUUCUGGCUGCCAACACUCUUCUGCUUCCCCAAUUUUUCUUCUUGCUGCAACAUAUUCCUCUCUUCUUCCAAAGCCAACCAGCUCUGUGCCUCCUGACCCUGUCAACCUGCAGUGGUUUAUAGGAACCAUUUGUAUUUUUGUAUUGCAAUAAAUCCAUUACACAAUGAGAGAGCUGCCCAGGUGAGAUCCCAUUUUGUCCAAAAAAAAAAAAUAGCCUUUGCAUGAAUAUUUGUAACAAAACCCGUCCAAAAUCACAUUCUGCCUCUGUUUCAGUGUUACUGUGAAAGGAAUUUGUCUGUAAAAAAAAUGCUUAUAUUGAUUAAAACUCUAUGGUUGCUGCAAAA